AUGUCUACCAUUCCGAAUGCUUCCGCACCUGCAGCUGGCUCUAUAGUGCCUAAAGCGGAGGAAAAGCUUUCUGCCACGCAAGGUGGACCCCAGGCCGGGAAUGGUAACACGCCACAGAUCAACUGGGACUCGGAGAUCCAACUCGUCUCAUCAUUGGCAAAGCUUCAAGAGCUUGAGCGACAGAUCCAUGUAUUGCGCCAGUCCGUGCCUGAUGGGGUACUUGAGCCACUGGUCCCCAUCUCAAAUUCCAAAGCCUCACCCCUGAAGGCAGUUGCUGAAUCACCAUCAUUGCUCCGCGAAGAGCUGAAUCAGACUGCACGCAACAAGCUCAGCAAUAUCGAGAACUUUCAAUCUACGUGGCGCGGCCCCGAGCUGCAGCCCAUUUGGGCGCGUGUUGAGGCCCGCAUCAAAGAGUCUAAUGGCCAGCUCCUGCAGCCUACAGGAAUCUGGGAGAUGGAUUACGAUGUUCUUCUGCAGGAACUGCUCAAGGCCGAGAAGACAAAAGAAGAAGAAAGUCAACGAGAAGAGGAAGACGUCGAGCGUGCCAAGGCUCAAUCAUCGGAGGGCGAAUGGGAAACUGUCGUCGAGAGAUUCGUUCAACGAAACAUCCCAGGUGUCCGUGUAGUCAAGGGCCAGAAGGCAUUUUCACUGGGAGUUGCGCUAGCAAAGGCAGGAAUGAUCUUGCUGGUUGAAGGCAUGAAGGAUCCUGAUGUAUCGGGCGUGUCUGAAUGGCAGGUCUCCGCCAAGACUCCUCCUGGUCGAUCUCCCACCAAGCUGGAGAACUCUAUAAUGGAUUGCUUGAAUACACGAUCGCGGAAAUGGGAUCUCGCUUUCUUACUGGACAUGAUCUCAUCAUACGCCGACAUCAAGUCGACGCCUUGCGCCAAAUGCACCCGGUUAACCAACAACGGCGCCCAACUCCCAACCAUCCGCCGCGUUCAACCCAUCCAGCCACCCCAGGAGGAACAACGCACAUUCGCAUUCGACGCAUUGCACUCCGACUGCGCGUGA